AUGAAAAGCCCCGUGCCGGCAGCGCGUACCACUGUUCGUGGUUUCCAAACGACCCCAGCAGCCUCCGGUGAUGAGGAUUCCGACUGCGGCCUCGACACUCCACGCCUCAAGGCCCGCAGAGGCCGUUCCCGCAUUACCGAUGUCGUCAGUGCCAACUGCAGCCCGACCCUCCAUGGAUCCUCGUCUCCUGUGGUGUCGGGAAUAGCCAAGCUGCGGAUGCAGCUUGAGCCUUUGAGUUUGGAUGGUAUCCCGACUAGUUCCAUGUACCGCACCGGAAGCCUUCAGGGCGCAUUUGGUAUUCAAAGCCGUUCCGUGAGCCGCGACGGCGCUCGCAGUGAUGCGGGAAGCACAGACUCGGACAACGCAUCUACAAUCUACGAGGUUUGCCUCGAGAAUGACUUUGUUAGCGCCAGUGUUGGCGACAGAGGAGGUAUCAUGGACAUCAUCGAGGGAGGCCUGAACCCAAAGAGAAAAAUGACGACUGAAGACUUUGAGCCUCUCCGUUGUCUGGGCAAGGGCACAUACGGCACUGUGCUCUUGGUCAAGCAACGCGCUACCGGCAAGCUCUAUGCUCAAAAGCAAUUCAAGAAGGCAUCUCUGAUGGUCCACAAGAAACUUAUUGAGCAAACCAAAACAGAGCGACAGAUCCUCGAGUCUGUCAAUAGGCACCCCUUUGUUGUGAAAUUGUUCUACGCAUUUCAAGACCACGAGAAGCUGUAUUUGAUUCUAGAGUAUGGCCAGGGUGGAGAACUGUUCACUCACCUGAAUACGGAGAAGAUGUUUUCGGAGAACGACGCUGCUUUCUACAUGGCUGAGAUGCUUCUCGCCAUCUCCCACCUCCACAAUGACCUCGGUGUUGUGUAUAGAGAUUUGAAGCCUGAGAACUGCCUGUUGGACGCAGACGGUCACUUGCUUCUGACGGACUUUGGUUUGUCCAAAGUAUCGGCUGAACCAACCGAAUCCUGCAGCUCCAUCCUCGGCACAGUGGAGUAUAUGGCCCCCGAAGUGAUUCAGGGCAAGAAGUACGGCAAGGCAGUGGACUGGUGGUCCUUUGGGGCUCUUGGAUACGACCUUAUGACUGGAAACCCUCCUUUCCGGGGCGGCAACCACGCGAAGAUUCAGGAAAACAUUGUCAAGCAGAAGCUUGCACUUCCUUAUUUCCUUAGCCCCGAUGCAAAGGACCUACUUACCCGACUCCUUCGCAAGGAUCCCAACAAGAGACUCGGGGCUGGAGGACUCAAGGAUCUGCAGACUUUGAAGAAGCACAGGUUCUUUCGCAAGAUUGACUGGAAGAAAUUGGAGGCCCGUGAACUUACCCCUCCUAUUCAGCCCAUGAUCACCGACCCAGAGCUUGCAGAGAACUUUUCACCCGAGUUCACCGACUUGUGCCUGAGCCCUGUGGUCACAUCCAGGUACCCGAGCCUUCUCAGUCCUUCCAACGACGACCCCUUUGGUGGGUUCAGUUUUGUGGCCUCACCCAGCCUUCUUGAAAGCCAUUUCCCACUGGCGGCAUAA